AUGCCAAAACAGAAUGUUAAUACAAAGUUAAAAAGAUGGAGAAGUGUUUAUUUUUUCAUCUUUAUAGCUGGUGCUAUUGCUCUUCUUCUUUCUGGUGCAUCCAUGUCGAAAUUCUUCUCUUUGAAAUCAUUUCUUGAUGUUGAGUCUUUCUACACUCAUUUAAGUCCUCCGGAGGGAAUAGAUAGGAAUAAUCGAAAUGAAGUGCUAACAACGGUGGAAAUUGUGAUUCAAAAAAUUCAAAAGGAGCUUGAAAAACUUAGGGAAAUACAUCGAGAUCCGUCAUCAUUGUUGUCAUCAUCACAAUUUGUAGUUAAACAAGGUGCUUUUCUUGCGGACAUUUUAGGACUACUCGAGUCUUUGCAUAGUGAAGAAGUUCGCAAUGGUAGUUUCAUCGUUCAUCCUUUGAUGAAAGAAAAGAAACGAUCCGAUGAACCUGCUAGUUACUUUCUGAGAGAAGAGAUUCGAAAAUAUGUCAGAAUCAAGCCUAAUAGAUUAGGAAAACAAAAUUUCAUGGGGGCGAACGCGACGUUCACUAGCAUAGGACAUGCAUGUUUUUCGAUGAAGGAAGAUUUAGAAGAGUACAUGGAUUAUGACAUUGGUGAAAUAUGUAAUGAUGAUUGGAAGCUAGCUCAAAAACUCAUGGUUCACGGAUGCGAUCCUCUACCGCGGAGAAGGUGUUUUUCGAGAGCACCAAAACUAUACUAUAAACCAUUACCUAUUAAAGAUUCCAUGUGGAAAUUACCUGAUGAUAGAAAUGUUAGAUGGAGUCAAUAUAGGUGCAAGAACUUUACUUGUCUCGCAAGCAACAACAAUGCUCGAAAGGGAUUCUUCAAAUGCGCGGAUUGUUUCAAUCUUACAGAUCAUGAGAAGCCGAGAUGGAUGAGAUUAGAUGGUGAUUCAACUUCAAAUCAAACAAGUGAGGCUGAUUUUUUUAUAGACGAAGUUCUCGGAAUUAAGCUAGGAGAGAUUAGAAUCGGAUUGGAUUUUAGCGUUGGAACCGGAACUUUUGCUGCAAGAAUGAGAGAGUUCAAUGUGACUAUAGUUUCAGCAACUGUUAACCUUGGUGCACCUUUUAGUGAAAUGAUAGCUCUUAGAGGACUUGUUCCACUUUACUUGACUAUAAAUCAAAGGCUUCCAUUUUUUGAUAAUACACUUGAUUUGAUUCACACAACAAGGUUUCUUGAUGGUUGGAUUGAUUUUGUGCUUUUGGAUUUUGUUUUGUAUGAUUGGGAUAGAGUUUUGAGGCCAGGAGGGUUGCUUUGGAUUGAUGGAUUCUUUUGCUUGAAGGAAGAUUUGUAUGAUUACUUGCAAGCUUUCAAAAUGUUGAGAUAUAAAAAGCACAAAUGGGUUGUUGUCCCAAAGAUUGAUAAGCAUGAUCAAGAGGUGUUCUUUUCUGCUGUUUUAGAGAAACCUCCUAGGCCGUUUAGGUGA